AUGCCGACCAUGACUGGUGCUCUCCUGCAUGGUCGAGUUGGUCAGGAUACGCAAGAGCGAUUCCAAAGAUUCGCCAGUGCGGCUGCAGACCUGGAUGCCGUUGUGGCGUCAUUCGUGCAGAGUGGCUUGGAAGCUCAGCGCCGCAAGAAUUUGGACAUGAUUCUUGCGCGAUCGGCGAACUUCGCGUUUCUACUCUUUGAACAGCCCGGAGUAUUCCGUUUCGGAUUUUCUAGCGAACAUGGGGGGUUGGCAGUGUUCCCAGCAUUGCUACAGAUAAUUGGAGACCAGGGGCAGGUGCUGGUGCCGUCACGCGUGCUGCUGGAAAAGGAGAUUGCGGCAUGA